CAUCGUUCCCUCGGCCUUCCUUCCCUAUCUUCCUGCCAGCAUCAUUUGUUCUAGAACCUAAAUCCACUCCAAAAGCUAAGCUCGGCUUCACUUUUUUGUGUCGCUUCAACUCGAAAUUCAAAUCGAAUUCGUUAUCAGCUUUGGCCGAAUCGUUUGUUUUUGUACUUAUCGUAGCAACAACUAAUUGAUUACGUAACUAAGCACAUAAUUCGUCACCCAAAACCGAAGUGCAAACGCAAAUCUUUUAAAAUCAAGUGCAAUUCCAACGUGAUUCUCAAUUCACAACGAAUAACACAAACCGCACAUCACACCAAACAGAAUACCAAAACACACAAGCGGCAAAACAAUUAAAUUUUCAUAGGUGGUUUUGGAAUACACUGCCUAGAUAGAUAGUACCUUUACAGGGUAAUAGACGAAACAUUCCGGCACGACGUCAAGUUGAGUUAUAUUAAUUGACUAAUAUUCAGGAGAGAUGGUUCGUUUACUGAAUGGGUGCAUGGGAGGCGGAGGCCCAUUCCCGACCAAGGUCACUUGCACAAUCGCCUCGUCUGACUGAGAUUCGUGCACAUCCACAGAUUCUAAUGCAGAACGGAAAAUUUUGAGGGCGUUUUCCACUCGACGGAAAUCGGCAACAACAACCGGAAGUGACCAGUGCUUUUGUUUCGUUUAACGAUUCGUGGUAUAAAUAGUGCAGAGAGUGGGCUAAAAUGACAUCAGAAGUUUGUGCAACUCCCACAAGCAAUCAGGCAGAAUGAGCAGCUAUCAACUGACUUUCGUUUUGGGCAUCGCCCUUCUGUGCGCCCUGGUGGGUGGCACCACCCAACCGGCGAGCACCCGUCGUCCGCCGGUGACCACCGAUCGCCCCACCGCUCGUCCCACCGCUCGACCCACCGCUCGUCCCACCGCUCGACCCACCGCCAGGAGCUGCCCGCUCUUCCCGGAGGUCUGCUCCAGGGGCAGUCCCAAAGUGUGCGGCAGGACUCCGCGUGGCGAGUGCCAGCGCUUCGAGAACAUCUGCCACCUGAUGCUGUCCAACGUCCUCCGGCUGCCCGAGGGGGUGCGCCACACCCGCGACAUCGAGUGCCGCAACGUGAGGGGCGACGGCCCCGCCCACCGACGCCCCUGCUUCAACCCCUGCCCCGCGCGCCCCGUCGUCUGCAAGAGGUCGCCGCCGAGCCAGAACAUCUGCGUGAGGAGCCGGAACGGCCGGCAGUGCAAGGUGCUGGCCAACACCUGUCAGUUGCGCAACCAGAACUGCCACAGCCAGCCCAGGAACAACUGGCUCCGCACCGACAGGAGGCGUUGUGGCCAGCUGCAGCUGGGCGACAAGCCGCAGGAGUGCAUCCGGGUGCCAGUGCGAACCAGGCCCAGCACCACCCGCAGGCCACGAUCCACCCCCUCGCCUCGCAGCACCACCACCACUGCCAGGUCGGUCUAA